AUGCUAACAGAAGAUGUUGUAUUCUACUCAAUUGCUACUACCAUCCUUUUCAUCUAUGUUGUUUAUUUAAUAUGGGAAUAUUCAGCAAAGGAUGUGCCCUUAUACAUCAAGAUUUUAACCUUCAUUUCUUGGAUGUUGACCUUUUCAAUUGUCUUAGUCUUACCAAUUGACAUUGCCAAUGUUAUUAUAAGAUCUUAAGUUUUAGGCGACCAAAUAACUCAAUGAAGACUAAUAGCAAGAGACCAUGGGGAAUAUCAAAAUAUUAUGGAGAAUUAUGUAUUGGGGGAAUUUCUUCUUGGCUUGGUAAAAUUUGUAAUUAUACAGGUUGGUCUUACCAUUUUUUUAGGAUUAUGAAAGCUCUGGAGAUUUUGAUAUCAGAGGCAAAAUUCGAUACUCUUUGAAAAAAAAUUUAACAAUAUAUGGAGUUGGAACAGUUAUAAUAGUAGGACUGGCCAUCUAUCUAUUGAUUAAGGACAAUUUUGAUUCAACUCAUGUUGAAGGGGUUUUGAUUGGUGUGAGCAACUUUUUGUAAGCGAUCUUUAUUUAUCAUCUAGUGGAUUGCUUCUGGUUGUCAUCCUAUUGGGAUAAGGCUUAGUAGCAAUUCCAAAAUUAUACUACAGAGAACAUAAAGAGGAAGAAGUCUUGGAAUAAUGCUAUUAAUAGGCUGUCCUAUUGGAUGAAUAGAGAACUGAGAAAACUUAUGAGCUCGAAGACAUUUGUAGGGUUGUAAUAUAUUCAAAAUUUAACUAGACUCUUCAACUGUUGCAGAAUGAAUAUUCUGACAGCGAAUUCAGUCGAUAUUUGAUGAUUAUUCUACAAAGGAUUCCUUAGGAAUUUUAAAAGACCAUUAGGCAAACUCUAUAAAAAUAUAAUGCUUCCAACAUACCUGAUAAAUACAAACCAUUGAAUCUAGAAGUCUUGGCUUCGAUACACAAAUAUGUAAAAGGCCUUAUGUUUGAUUUGCAAAGAAUUCAAACUAAACUUAAUAUUGUAAAUUAGAAGGCAUUGAAGUUUGAAAGGAAGGAACUAGCAGAUGAUGAGACUUAGUUCGAAACCAAGUGGUCUAAGAUGAUAUAUAAGAUUUCUAUUAUUUGGAAUCUAAAGCUCAGAAAAUAUUACUGUGUGAUUUUGGCCAUAACUUAUGCACUUCUUAGUUUAUUCAUACUAUUUUGCGAAUUGAUUACCUUUGUUGGUAAAACAAACAAGAAUUUGAAUCCCUAUUACUUAUUGUUGUCAUCAAUUAAUAGGUAUUACUUAACAGAACUUGUUUUGCUCUUGCCUUUGCUUUAUAUGAUGUUUUGCACCUAUUAUGGUUUAUUUGCAAUGAAAAUCUCAGGGUUAAUUUCAUUUAACAAACAUCAUCAUACAGAUGCAGCAAGCUUAAUGUUUGGUUCCAUGUAUUGAUAUUUUAUAAUUUUUGCAAGUAACUUUGCUAGAGUGAGUUUCCCCUUGUGUUUCAACUUCAUUCAGAUUACAGACAUUUUGGAAGAUCAAGCAACCUCCUUUAGUGAGACUGUAGGUAAUCUGGCAGAAUCACUUUUUGUAUAGAGUUACAAGACAAUACUUCCCUUGAUGUUAUUGAUUAUGUGCUUUUUCAAUUUAUUCAAUAUUGGAGAUAAGUUAAUGAGGACCAUAGGUUUAGGACAAUAUGCUCAACAAGAGAGAAUAUCAGGAAUGAGUUUAGAAGGCAAAAAAAUUAUUGAAAAGGGUAUAUUAUAUGCUAAAGAAUAUAAAUAGAGAGAGAAUUAAGGAAGAAGAACAAUCUUAAUGAGAGCAAUUCUCAGAUAGUAUUUUAAGAAUUGUAAAUUAUGCCGAAGAGUAAAAUCCAGGAUGAAGAAGAAACUCAAAGAAAGAACUCAAAUUAAGGAAUAAGAAAUUUUGAUUAAAUUCUAAGUAUUUGA